UUCCCAAUAUUUGGAGUCAUCUCUAAUUAUUUCCCUGUGAUUAUCCUUCUCUUCCCUGAUUUCAGACAGCCGGACCAGAGCCGGAGAACCGCAUCUUUCGUCUCUUUGCUCAAGUUUACCCUUCCCUUCCGCCGCGUGCUCUAGGCUUGGACCUCCUACUCUACUUUUCUUUGUCAAUUUUGCGAUCAAUUAUUACUAGCCGUUACUUCAGAUUCGAUAGAGAAUAGGAAUAUGAGAAUUAAUCGAGGAACUAUGCGGCUUGUUGAACAAAUCCGAACACUUGCCCUACACUGCCGCACGGAUCCUUCACGCAUCAGUACAAACCCGUUACUUCCACCACCAUUCGAACAUCUUUCUUCUCCGUCGUUUCGUUUUUAUUCCAAAGGCGAAGUACAAUCGCAGCAGCCAUCAAUGGAGCUUCUCAAGAUAAUGGAACAAAGGCUGACGGCCAUUGAGCUCAGGAGCACUUUUCUUCUAAAUAUAAUCAAUCAGCCAGAAGCCCCACCAGCCGAGUACGCAAAGGCUAACAAGGAGCUUAAAAAACUCAGAGAUACGAUGGAUCUAAUAAAUGAGUUGAGGUCUAAACAGAAGGAAAUUAAUGGUUUGAGAACGCUGAUGGAAGAAUGCCAAGAGGAUAAAGAUAUGCUUGAUAUGGCUACCGAGGAAUUGGAUCAGGCAGUUCAAGAAGAGAAAAGAUUACAGCAGUUCUUGCUCAAGUCGUUACUUCCCAGAGAUGAUGCUGAUGAGAGGGAUUGCAUCUUGGAGGUGAGAGCAGGAACUGGUGGAGAAGAAGCUUCUUUGUUUGCCAUGGAUAUAUUCAAAAUGUAUGAGAGAUACGCACAGAAGAAAGGCUGGAAGUUUGAGGUGGUAGACAUAACAGAAUCGGAUCUUAAAGGAUAUAAGGAAGCCAUUGCUGCGAUAUCAGGUGCAGGGGUAUAUGGGAAACUUAAAUUUGAGAGUGGAAUUCACCGAGUACAGCGAGUACCUGUGACAGAGAAGGCUGGACGUGUUCACACCAGUGCUGUUUCUGUAGCCAUUCUCCCUCAAGCAGACGAGGUAGAUGUAGAGUUGAAGAACGAGGACCUGAGAAUAGAUACGUUCAGAUCAGGUGGUUCAGGAGGUCAGCAUGCAAAUACCACAAACAGUGCUGUUAGAGUGAUUCACGUUCCAACUGGGUUGACUGUGUCCAUACAAGAUGAGCGAUCCCAACAUAUGAACAAAGCAAAGGCGCUUAAAGUUAUAUGUGCAAAGCUAUAUGAAAUAGAACGACGUAGAAUUCAGAGCAGUCGGUCGAAACUUCGAUCAGAACAGAUUGGUAGUGGGGACAGAUCGGAACGCAUCCGCACGUACAACUUUCCGCAGGGGCGGGUAACAGAUCAUCGAGUAGGCAUUACGGACCACGCAAUUGAGGAGGUAAUGCAGGGGCAAAAUCUGGAUAUAUUCGUGGACGCUCUGUUAUUGCAACAGGAAAUGGAUGCAAUUGCAUCCUUCACUUCCUCUUCUUCGUAGUGGUAGUGAAGAGAAGCAUUGCAUCAAAUAAGAUCUGCCCACUUUGUAUUUGAUUCAGGUAAAAAAACAAAAAAAAAAAAAUGUGUUUCUUAUAGAAGUACAAUACAAGUAGAAUGGGGUGGGGUUACAUACAUUAUAUCUUUCAAGAGAUUAGAUUUCAUAUAUUUUACAACUGUUUGUAGUAUGUCAUAGUAGUAGUAGUAAUGUCGAUGCAGUUGUAUGCUGGAGUCUGGUUCAAACCAAACUCCUGUUGAGAUGGAACUAGUUGAAGAAGUCGUCCUAAUCCUGAAAGAGGUAGAACUUUGAUGGAAGUUAAAACGAAGGUCAAGCUAUCAUAGUAUAGGGACCAAAAUAAAAUAAUAUUUUAACCAUAAACAAAUAACAAAAGUAAAGGAAAGGAGAAGCAAAGAAAGGCAAAAGGAGAUGGAGAUAGAAUAAUGAGGGGCAGCCAGGGAAGAGGCAGUGCAUGAGUGGAGGCACAACAGGAAGGCCUUGUUGAGGAUUCCAUUCAUGCUCUGUCUCUUCCCCGCUGCUCCCAAAACUACUGCCAAAUUCAACUACUUACCAUUGUGUGCUGUGUGUUUGAAGAAUUCCAUGGUUAUUAGUGAAUCUCAAGCUUAAAUAACAGCACCUGCAUAGCCCUAGCCACUGCCUUAGCUUAGAUUUGUGUUACAGUACAGUGUGCAAGUACAACUCCCACCUUUACACAUGGAUGUACUACCAAUUCAAUCUUAACCUCGUUAGUUGUUAUUUAGAGCUGACUGCAAUUUCAAGUCAUGGUUGUACUGCAUGUGCAGUACUUGUACUCUCUCUAUAUGGGAACUUUGCUAGUACUAUCUCCCUACUCCCUUGUUUUUCUGUUGCCUGGUCAACAUGAAACAUCGUCGCUGCAUCUGCAUGUUAAGUAAUGAUCGGCCAAACUAAGUUUUGGUGAACCAUUUUUUUAAUAUAUAUACACUCAUUGCCUUGCCAUACUGAGUGGCUUACUUGGGAUUUGUCAUAUCGAUGUCCCAAAUUUUGGGCCUGGAAUGGAAUGCCUUACAUUUUGAAAUUGAAUUUCUUUUACCUUUUGGGACUACAAAAUGGAACCUCAGAUUAGACCUCUCACCCUCUCUCUUUGGUCUUCGUUGCCUCUGACACUCGUUCUCUUGCUCUCCUGUCUUAAUUGUUGUCCUUUCUGACUCUUACUCUCAUCUUGGUCUCCUCUCUCUCCUCUCUCUCAUCAGACUAAAACACAAACUCACUGAGAUCGGAAACUUGCGUGUGCAAUAGAGAUAGAUUGAAAACUCAUGACCCUCUACAACACACAGAGAGGCAGCAACAACACUGAGAUGUUGAGGGAAACGAUGGUCAAGAAAAUUGGGAAAGAGGAAAGAAGGAAAAAAAGAAACAAAGAGAAAGGAAGAGAGAAAAAGAAAAUUAAGAGUAAAUUUGUAAUUUUGACGGAUGAUAAUGUAAGCAAAGGAAAUUUUUUUUGAGUUUCUGGGACAAAAAUUAGUAAUUUUACCUUUGAUGUUUGAAAUUUGUUUCAAUUUAAUCAUUGAGAAUUUACACUCUU